AUGACUGCCGUGGAUUCAGCAACGGCAAUUCGGGAUCAUGUCGUGCAGUCCGAUAAGGAAGGGCAGAAGGCUUUGCUCCAGAAUAUGUAUUGGUAUCGAACUCGAUGGGCUGAGGAAGAAAUUAUGAUACUAGAGAAAGAAAAUUCUGACAAUAUUCUAUGUGCUGAUGAAGAAGGGCUCACGAGUCAGCACUACCUGGGGCACACCGCUGUAGCAAAUGCUAUAGUGGCUUUGCAUAUGAACCCUUCUAGGGAUAGACCUGUUAAGGUGUUGGACAUAGGUGGUGGGCUUGGCAGUACGGUAAGGUACAUGACAAGUAACUUACCCUAUGUGGAAGGUAUCAGUAUGGACAUAUUCGACAGCUUUGCUCGUCUCGCUGAAGAGAUAGAUAGCAAGGAAUGCUCCAGUUACUGCGAAGGGAGCAAAGCGAAAUACAUCACCGCUGAUAUUUUUAACGCGACUCAGGCCUCUUUAGGAGGGCCAUUCGACUUUGCUAUCAGCCUUCUAUGUUUUUGUCAUAUGGACGAUAAAAGAAAGCUUUUUGAAAGGGUGAAGGAAAUCCUCCGGCCCGCAUCUCCACAAGCAAGCUGUGACUUGUAUUUUGAAGAUCUGGUCUUAAUUCACUCCAAUACGGUACAGAAGGAAGGUAAGUCCCACUAG